AGGAGGCAGAUGAGCUGGACCAGCUGGUGACAGCAAGGACAGAGUCGGUGCAGUACGACCACCCGAAUCACACAGUCACCGUGACCACCAUCAGCAACCUGGAUCUCUCAGGAGCCCGGCUGCUCGGACUGCCGCCGCCUGAGCAAGGAGCCAGGGAUGGGUCCCAGGAGGAGGCGUCAUCCAUGGAGAAGCCAACCAGAGCCUUACCCAAGAAGUCCAGAGACCCCCUGCUCUCUCAGCGGAUCUCCUCCCUCACAGCAUCGCUGCAUGCACACAGCCGCAAAAAGGUCAAGAGGAAACAUCCCCGUCGGGCCCAGGACUCCACCAAGAAGCCCCCAAGUGCCACUCGUACCAGCAAGACCCAGCGACGCCGACUGACAGGCAAAGCCCGGCACAGUGGGGAAUGAGCCCUGAGAGCCAAGUACUGACCCAGCUACACUGCAGGGAUCUGUCCUGUGUCAACUUGGCUGUCCCUGUAAUCCAGCCUGCCCAGACUCCACAACCCAAGGUUGGGAGGCCACGACCUCUCUGGCUAGGGCUGUCCUUGCCUAAGGACUGUCCUGGGGUUUGAACCCUAGAAGGAGCAGACAGCUGGGAGCUGGCCUCCCCCAGGAGGAGCCUUCAGAGCCAGGUUGGAACAUCUUCCCAAAUGUAUACUCAAUCGGA